AUGGCUUCCAGCCCCGAGCUCUGCGUGAAGCUGCUGGUGGAUACCAAGUCCAACAAAGUGCUCUUCGCUGAGGCCGGCAAGGAGUUCGUGGACUUCAUCUUUGACCUCCUUACCGUCCCACUGGGCUGUGUCGUUAAGCUCAUGUCCAACGGCGGCAUGCACGGCAGCAUCGGCCGCCUGUACGAGAGUGUGGACGGCUUCCCCACCUCGUACCUGCAGCCCAACGUUUGCAAGUCCGAGCUCCUGCAACCCAAGAUGAGGCCCGUGGUGGACGGCGGGCACGUGAAGGCGACGGAGACGUACAUCGUCACGGAUGGUCUGAAUGUGACGCCCAUGACGACCAUCUCUGCCUCCACGCUCAUCAACAGGUUCGCCCUCCACAAAGACACCGAGCUCGCCGAGAAGGUCGUGGGCUUUGGCAUGAACGAGGCCAUGGCUCUUCUCACGGCGGUGAUGGGCUCCGACACAGUGCUCUCUGACGUGUACCUGGCAAAGAAGAAGUGA